AGGCCGGAUCCAGGAAUACAUGACGAUGGCCCAAAGAAAAGCCCAUCAUACUCAUAAAUUUGCUCAAAGAUUUUUGUUAGAUUAAUCAGCCGUACUUGACCCAAUCUAUCCUUCGCCAAAAACAACUUGCCCCAAUUUGUUUUUGUUUCAAUUGUCGAUCGUCUUCUUCUGCUCUUAUCUCCCUUACGAGUUGCAGCAGUAAAGAUGGUAUCUGGCUUGAUAAAUGCAAAUCCAACAGUGUAUGGAAAGAAAGAACGACGGGUUCGAAGUUUCAUUGGUAAUGCAGAUGAGUAUGCUGUUGAGCCAAUUGACCAACAAGAAAUAUUUGAUCAUGUAAGAGAUAUAAAAGAUCCAGAGCACCCAUACUCAUUGGAAGAGCUCAAAGUAAUUACAGAAGAUGCAAUUGAGGUAGAUGAUGAGCAUAGCUAUGUAAGGGUCACUUUCACUCCAACAGUUGAACACUGCAGUAUGGCAACCGUUAUUGGUCUGUGCUUGCGGGUGAAACUUAUGAGGAGUCUUCCUUCACGUUACAAGGUGGAUAUAAGAGUGGCACCCGGAACUCAUGCAACAGAAGCAGCAGUAAAUAAACAACUGAACGACAAAGAACGAGUGGCAGCAGCACUGGAAAAUCCAAACCUCGUGGAUAUGGUUGACGAGUGCUUAGCCCCAACAUAUGGUUGACGAGUGCUUAGCCCCAACAUAUGGUUGAAUGUAUUUCUGCCCAGCAAUAGAAGGUUUCGACUCCUCUGUGGUUCUGGUAACCAAUGUACAACAUCGAUCUUUACUCGUAUCCGGAUUUUAUUACGUCUCCUAUAAUUAUAGGUAGGAAUUAUUUAAGGGUUAAAUAGUUUCAGCAUCUCAUCCAACUUUGACUAUUUGCUUGGUUGUAAUUACUAUGAUACAUAUACAUUAAUAAGCAUAUGUUGUUGAGAUUUGCCUUUCA